CCUCCAGGUACGGCACCAGUCGUCCGCCACACGUGAUGGCGCCUCCUGACUCGACCCCGUACUGACGGAACGCCAACGCGUCUGGCGGGAGAGCUUCCUCAGGUGAAAGUCAAUAAAAAAGGACGAGCUGCCAAUCAACAGCAACGAACAGUGCAUCUGCUGGCCCAAUCCCACCCCGACGACCUACGCAAACGCCAUAACACUGCGCCUUGACUUUUACACGCUCGCCCCUUGCGUUGUACCGUACCACGAGCACACCAUUGUCGAGUCGGUGGCCUGUGCUGCGAUUCAUUGUCCCUCGAGGGCCUCAAGAAGGCGUCGUGGGACGUUGAGGCGGGCAACAUCCUCCUUCUCCCCCACUAUUUCUCAAAGCGCAUGAUACGACAAUAUGGGUGACUCUCAUCUUCAAGCAGCCGUCGUGCUGGACAAUGGCUCGGGCACCAUUCGCGCAGGUUUCGCGGGAGGCGAGAUGCCCGACACCUACUUCCCUGCGUUCGUGGGGCGGCCGAAACAUUUGCGCGUGCUCGCCGGUGCGCUGGAGGGCGAUGUGUUCAUUGGGAAGCAUGCAGAGAACGAGAUGAGGGGCCUGCUUAAGAUCAAGUACCCGCUGGCCCACGGCAUUGUGACGGACUGGGACGAUAUGGAGCGGAUCUGGGAAUACGUCUAUAGUGACGCACUCAAGACAAUGAGUGAAGAUCACCCUGUACUAUUGACAGAGCCCCCUCUGAACCCCCGAAGCAAUCGCGACACGGCCGCCCAGAUUCUCUUUGAGACCUUCAACGUACCGACCCUCCACACAGCCAUGCAGGCCAUCCUAUCAUUAUACGCCAGUGGACGGACGACUGGCAUCGUGCUCGACUCGGGCGACGGCGUGUCGCACGCGGUGCCCGUGUACGAAGGCUUUUCCGUCCAGAACAGCAUCCGCCGUAUCGACGUGGCGGGGCGGGACGUGACCGAAUAUCUGCAGAUGUUGCUGCGCAAGAGCGGCCACGUCUUCCACACGAGUGCCGAGAAGGAGAUUGUGCGCCUCAUCAAGGAGCAGCUGUCCUACGUGGCGCACGAUCCCCGCAAGGAGGAGCGCGAGUGGUUCGGCCCCAAGCACAGCGAGAGCAAGAUGGGCGAGUACAAAUUACCAGAUGGCAACAAGCUCAAGGUCGGGGCGGAGCGCUUCCGCGCGCCGGAGAUCCUCUUCGACCCGGAGAUCAUUGGCCUCGAGUACCCGGGCCUUCACCAGAUCGUGGUGGACUCGAUCAGCCGCGCGGAUCUGGACCUGCGCAAGUCGCUGUACAGCAACAUUGUGCUCUCGGGCGGCAGCACGAUGAUCAAGGGAUUUCCGGAUCGGCUGCUCUCCGAGGUCCAGAAGCUGGCGCCGAAGGACAUGCGACUCAAGAUCUUUGCGCCGCCUGAGCGAAAGUUCACUACGUGGAUCGGCGGGAGUAUCCUGGCGCAGCUGAGCACGUUCAAGAAGAUGUGGGUGACGAUUGACGACUGGCACGAGGACCCCGACUGUAUCCAUGCGAAAUUUAUAUAAGAUCUGUUGUUAUUUGUAGUAAGGACGUACAUCACCGAGGGAGCAGGGGCGUAUCGCAGCAUCCAUUGUCAGUAGUAGAGUCAAGAUACCCAAGUUGUCAACAUAACAGGACGAAGCAAUUCAGU